UCGAAUGAUCCAGGACUCGUGUCCAUAGAGGACGACCAGGCGAAUCAAUGUGCGUUAUAUUUCACAUUUCAUGCGGACUAAGUCUUCUGGAUCUCAGCAGUCGAUGAAGCCCGUAGUAUACACGAUUCCCAUGCACGGAAUUUGCUGCUGAUAUUGUUGUACGAAGUAACAACCAUACCAAGAUAGAAGAACUCCUCUACGACCUCGAGACUGUCGCCGUCAACUAAUAAACUGCUCCCCAGUUGGUCUGAGUCUGACCAAUGAUUGUUGAUUUGCAUUUGAGUCACCUGCAUUUAUACGCCUCACACACACUCGCUAUUUCUCAAUAAUCAAACAUUAACCAUUUGAAAGUCAUGAAACAAUUUCUUCGGCUGCAUACAAAAUGACACCUUCCAGGGCGAUGUUGAAGAGCAGACAGAACAGUCCGUCACCUUGUCUCAGAACCUGUGAUCGUCAACAGUACCCUGUGCGAUUCGAACGAUUCCGACAUCAAGUUUGAUACUCUUUCCUUGCACUGCACCUCGUUCAUAGUGGCUUCUACCAUCCGGAUCAAGUUCCCAAGAAAGUGGUACCGCUGCAUGAUUUUCUAUAGCUCAUACCGGACUAAGGUUUUGUAGGCUGCCUGGAGUCGAUUUGGAGGUCAGUGGUGGAUUUGCCUCCAACAAACCCUGCUUGGUAGCUGCCGACGAAAUUUUUAGCUAGGGACGCAUACGUGCAGAACAGGGUCUGGGGCAGGAUCUUGUAGGCGGCAUUAAAGACUGUGAUGACACGAAAAUUCGAGCAUUCCAGCUUGUCGUCUGUUUUUUUUUAAUUUAAAUGUCAUGGGUGAAAGAAACCCAGCAUCCACUCAUUUCUAGCAGUUUUUUUUGUUCCCAGAUUCUUAUAAUCAUGAAUACACCAACGAUUUCGAGGGUAAGCCUCACCGGCUCUGUUUUGAAGAGCUUUUCCUCUAGCUCAUCACUGCCAGCAGACUUAUUGCUCUUAAACUGCUUGAUAGAUGCAAAUCAUUGUAAUGUGGCAGCAAAUCCCGUUGACAGAACUGAUUGUCCUCCUUUGCACAAACUACCGUCAAUAGGUUCAACUCGGUACUGAAUUUACUAACUUUCCGUUCCGCCUACAUUAACUGAAUUUAAGUUGAAUUUAACCAAAUAUACACGAAGCAAAUGGGGCGGUCCCGUGGUACAUUCGUCAAUUCGAACGACUCAAUAACACGCCCGCAAUGGGUUCAAGCCUGGAACGGACCGUCCCCCCGUAGUAAGGACUGACUAUGCGGCUAUGUGGUAUUGAAUAAAGUCUUGAAAGCCUGUAUAGGCCGGCAUGUCCUCGUAGGACGUUUACACCAAUUAGAAGUGAAGAAGUACACGAUGCAAAAUUGAUUUUAUUUUUGCUAAGUUUUCAACUCAACUGUUAAUCAAUACUGUUGUGUGUCCGAUGAGAUUUUUGUCAACCGCAAUAAUUCUUAGAACACGAAAUUCAACCUGUACACUGCUUCCAUUCAUGAGGGUAGAGAGUACAGUUGAUCGUAAUGAUUGUUCAUCUCCCAUUAAAAGACACAGGGACCGCCACCGGCGUACGGGAAAGUUUGCUGGAGGUCCCUGUAGACCGCCAUAGCGUGUAGACCUGAUCGUGUUAAUCUGUGCUCUACCUUCUGCAGGGUUUUAUUGUAGAAAAAUGAUUUGACUGAAUCAAACGCCGUAGCUCUAUGAUUAACAACAUGCAUUCUGCUUAACAUUCAUGGUUUUGCUUUGAGUGUUUAAAUGUAAGUUGAUAAUCACUGGUUUUUCAGUUUCAUAAAUUAUAGAUGAUGAGUCCUGCAGUACUUGGACGCUAAUGUUUAUACCCAGGAAACGGCGCCACAUUGGCAACAAUUAGAAGCUAUCGUUAAUCUCAUCAACGUAGGUGGAUCGUAAAAUUACAAUUAUUUGUCUUAAAUUGUGUGAUAGGAGUGCUAUAAUAUCAAAAUCUACUGUUGUUUGUUUAAGUGUGUGGAUUUCUGUUCAACACUUCAAAGAAAUAAGUGUGUAUGUGUUUGUCCCAUAAUGCAUCCAUCUCAGUUUGAAAGGUUGAAUUGGACUUGUAGGUUUAUUUUGAAUAUUCCUCUUCCUGCAUUACUUGGUAGCUGAGAACAUAAACAAUAUGUAGUGAACAUCAACCAGGCUAAGAAGGACGCAGGUCUUUUUUUUGUAAAACAUUUAAUAAGUCCGAUAUUGAAUGAGUGUAAAAUAGUUUUUAAACGACGGCGUUGUACAGGCGGUCCCCGAGAUACACGGUUAAUGGGGACCGAAAACGGCCGCAAAAUACCGCGUAUCUCGAAUUUCCGCGUAAGUCGAAUCUCGUGAUUUCCAGCUAAAAUAUCACAAAUUUUCGUGAAAUUUUGCAAGUAGGGGGCGUUUUUAGUCACUUUGUGAAUUAUUUGAUAUGAUUCUGACUGAAUAUAACUGUUUUAAACCUUUUGAAAUAGUUUUUAACAUUCGAUCAAAACGGAAAUUAUUUGGCAAUUUGCAAUUGAUGUGUCAAAUCAGUACAAUUUGCUCAAAGAAUUGUCAAAUUUAGAAAACCGCGUAUCUCCGAAUCCGCGUAUAAGAGGUACCGUGUAUCUCGGGGACCGCCUGUACUUGUGUUUAUGACAUUGUUGCUAAAUUUAACACCGUAUAAAAGCCAAUGUGAAUGAAUCACUUUUUUCUAUGAUAUUUCGCAUGAAUUUUGCAAGGGCAAAUACAUGAACAUGCAUUUGUGUAAAUCAUCAUCGUCAUCAAUUAUUUUCCAUAAUCAACUUCAUUUCCAGUCGUAGGCCGAUAUAUGAUUAUGCUCAAGCAUCUGAAUAUAGUCGUUAAUCGACUUGCCAUUCGGUUUCCCCCUUGCUAAGGAAUCACACACGUUAUUGGCUGAUUUCGGAAAGCAAAGUAGAGAAUUCGAUGAUGGUUAAGUUUGAAUUUCUUGUCGGAGCACUUCCGUACGUUCUUUAUUUAAACUCUCAUGCUCAGCUACGCGACUGCGAUGCAUGUUCUUCUGUUUUUCUUUGUACAUUUUUUUUUGUAGUGCAUGUUGCGCCUGUCCAUCUCACCAACCCUAUUGCGUUCGGCUUCUAGAACUGGACGUUUAGUUACCUGUACUUGCUUGGUUCAUUCAUUACGUACAUCUCCUAACCCUUGUUGAAACGGGAUACUGUAUACGCCCACUGGUUCGUGUUUAGAUGCGAGAUGAGCCUCCCUUUUCUUUCUGUCUUUUUGAGUGGUUCCGUUGUUGCAAAAACUAUAGGUAAAAGAAAAACGGUCGGUUAAUUUAUUUGCUAAUAGCUGUGAAUAAUAUCGAUGUGCGAUAAAAUACUCACCACAAAGUAUAAAAUAAUUGUGUUGCUGUUUGAUGUCCUUGAAGCUAUUCGAUUGGAUCACGCUGGUCAAGGAUUCAUACACACAUGAAAAAGAUACAUUGUUUAUGGUUAGUAAUAUAAACAUCUGUACAAAAACUCAUCCAACUUACCAAACUGUUCGCGUUUCAAAUUGAUUAGACGAAAGAACCAAUUUCGCAAAUAUCGACAUGCCUUUUCUUUCCGCAAGCUCAAUUCACCUCAACACACGUUUGAUCAACACCCAAGCAAUUCAAUUGAUUAACAAAACUUGGCCCAGCACCAGUUAAAACAGUUUCAAGGGCUUUAAAAAAAUAUUCCACAAAAAAAACACAAAUACAAUUUCAUCCAUCAGAUCGAAUCCGUACGGUUGAAAGUGACUGCUAGAUCAAAACAACCGGUCAGCAAAAGUGUCCGAGUACGGCGCACGUGUACGAAGAAGAGCAACCAAUGAGAAACACACCGUCAACGUAACACCGUCUCCAUAACACCGUCACCGUAACGGCGUCGCUGUAACGGCGUCACCCCGUUGCCAUGGUAGCGUUACGCGCUAAGGAAAAUUUAUAUAUAGGAGAUUAAAGGUUAUUGAUAUGAAGUACAAUUCAUACAUUGUAUUAGAGUGAGGUGUCUAUCAAUUUGUGCCUAUGUUGCGCUUUUAGUGUUUUUACAAAGGUUCUGGAAAGUUUCAACUGUUCUAGCCAAGGAACGGGUGCGUUGGUCGAUCUUUGCCUACACUGCGCUUUUUAGCAAUAAGUUGCUAUGCGUUCUCUGUUUGUCCACUUUGCGGCAGUAACGCUUGAACUGCUUAUGUUGCGCGUUUCGGUUGUUUUCGAUAAAUGGGCCUCAUCGCGAACGAAAGUCGAUAACGGAGUGGAUAAUUUAGCCGAUCGGUUAGCAGAAUUCGAAUGUUAUCCAAUUGCGUUUUCUUAAUCAGAAUCUUCGCUAACCGAUCGGUUUGGCAGUGGAGUGGAAUGGUGUUUGCCGCCAUAGCAACGUGGUUAAAAAGUCGAGCAGUGGGAUAUGCAGUUUAAAACUUCAUAUAAAAAAACCAUUUCAGUCGGAUAGCCAAAUCUACUGCUCCACCCCAGUUGAUAUAACAGUGGAAAACUAAAUAAUAUUAAAAACCAUGUUUCACAGCUAGCAAAAAAGGAUGUUUUAUCGCUGUUUGAGUUAUUUAAGAUGUUUUAUCACUCGAUUUAGCUAAAAUAUUCUUUUUUAGAAAAUACAAAUUUAUCUUUUUUUUUUCAAUAAAUAAUCAAAACACAUAAAUUUAGGUUUAUAACAGGUAUCUAGUUUUUAUAGUUCAAGCUAAGAAAUAAAAAACAAAAAAAAAUCCUUUUCUGCUAAUCCUUCUCUUUUAUCCAACCUUAUGUUAUGGCCUUAUGGCAUGUUAGAAUCGGUUCCGACACGUAAAUGCAACGAGAUUAGGAAGACCAGUAUUAUCACUAGGUACAAGAAAUUAUAAGCAACUCAUAUCCGUUGGAGCGGCGAGUUCCGGUCGGAAUCGUUUGCGUUGUUUUGCACCUAUCGAAGGUGUUGUGCCUACUUGUACCUUCCGGACUAUCCCCAAAAACUCAGGGUCGCUUAUGGAAGGGUACAGCCCGGGAGUGUUCGGAUUGACACACAAAUCGCUAUGUUCUACGCCUCCUGACAAACGUGUUACCCAAUGAAUUUUUUUGUUCAUCCAUUUAAACGAAUAUUUACACAUGAAUAGCUUCUCUUCUGAAUCACAUACAUUACAAUUUUAACGUAGUUAUUUUAUUUUUAUCAAAUCUGACGCAAUCAUCAUCGUACGUGUGGAAGCACACUCAUUGUCGUAUCAAGCUCGCCAGUCUUCAGUGGACGGUCCUUGUUCAAGGCAUGGAAACUGUUGGCACGAUAUCAUCCUCGUGCAUAUUAGAUGCACCAAACAAUAUCAAAACAACGAGCUGUCAGCUGACAGCUCGAAUAGCUAUAGCAAAUAACACCAGAUGGCGCUAGGAAAGGAGAAAAGGAUGAAAAAAUAACCCUUAAGGCGAGACAACAAGCUGAUCCAAAAAUAGGGCCAAUGAGAAACAAGUUCGGCAGCGGUCACAAAACAGGGUCAAGCGGGGUCAAGACGGAUCAGCUGACGAAGAAUAGGCGCCAUCGAGGAAGUUAGUAGCAAAAGUCAAACGAGAGAAAACAUACCAAUUUUUAAACUGUGCGGCGAAAAUUGAUAAUACGUGAGCGCCAGUUCUAAGAAGGUCUAAAACACUACUCAAAUAAAUAGAAUGCUACAACCGUGGCAACAUUUAAAAAUUGGUGCGACAUUCAACAUUCGUUUAGAUAUUUUCUUUGAAAUAAAAAUCCGUACCUGUGUGCGUCGUGAUGAGUACCGGGAUUAAUCGUGGUGGCUGCGAGCGAAAUAAUACCGCAAAUAUGGUGCUGUGCAAUAAAUGCCAUGAGUGGUACCAAUACGCGUGUGUCAGCAUCACCGCGAUAGUUGAAUCCCAUACGCGGAUGUGCGAUUUGUGUGUGAAGAAGAGGAUAAAGUGCGAAGCGAAGGAGAAGACAUAACCCCAUCACCGCGAUAGUUGAAUCCCAUACGCGGAUGUGCGAUUUGUGUGUGAAGAAGAGGGUAAAGUGCGAAGCGAAGGAGAAGAGGUGUCUAGAAACCCCAAUGGAAGCCAUCGCGAAGACGAGGAAGCCGGCUGAAAGCUGCAAUGGCGAAAAAAUAGCCAAAAGAGCAGCAUAUAGCGAGGGCGAUGCCUCGGCGUAUAAGAAGCUGUCCACGGGGGAACAGGUACCCACAUCGAUCCCAGCUGCAAAAAUGCCCCAUACCACAAACGUAUCAAAAAAGGCGACAAUGCAAGCGGCACUGGCACAACUGAUCGAAGUGCAGCGAUUAGAAAAGGAGUUAGCUCUAAAAGAGUUCGAUAUUAAAAUGGCGAUAAACAGGAAAUAAUUAUGCUUCAAAUCGAGAAGGCGAAAAGAUCGAAACGAUUUUACGCAAACAACUCCUCGAAUCUGGAGCAGGAUGAACGCGAGCAGCAGCAGUGUAACGAAGCAGUGAACGUUAGUGAAGCUGAUGAGAAAGUGUGCAUCGGAACGGUACCAGCAGAUCCUGAGGCAUUAGCAACCGUGGAACCGAUAGUUUGUACCAGACAACAUGCGUCGGCGCAGCCGGCCCUCCAACUACAAAACUGUUCUGUAGCCAAAGCACACGCGCAGCUAGACUGCGAAUCGCGAGACAACGCGCUCCCUAGUGAAGCGGUCCAAUCUGGAGGAGCAGAACCGUUGUCGAUGUAUGCGUUAAGAUCCACAGUACUGAGGAUACCAUUCCGCAUGGUGUCUAUCACAAAUCAACGAGGACACCAAGGCAUCGACACACAACGCACCCUGGACGACAGGCCAGCGACAACACUGGUGCCAUCUGAACUGGCACAAAGCGCCAGUGUAGCCGGUAAGCCAGUAUCACCAGAGACGAGCUGGAUGGCAGGCGUGACGAGAGAUGGUUCGAGCAUGAGGGAAACUAGAUCGGCGAAGGCGGCGGGAAGCGACAGCAGGCAAUACGAGUUUGCCAACCCUCGUAGCAACAUAAAGCUAAGUUUGCCGCCUCAAGGACUUUUCUUCGCCUCAUUAACAAAAACUUUUGCUCACUUUCAGGGACUGUCGAUUCCACCGUUCCUGAAAGGGGAGUCGAAGUUGAUGACCGGAACACUACGCACCGAUCUGGCAGCACCACCCGAGAUAGGCAGAUCUGGUAUUCCGGCAACCGAUAGAAGCCGGUCGAAAUGGUCGGUCUACAGUUCCGGCAACUCUGCUGGGGCCACAUUCCGUCGGAAGCUGAUAUGGAGCUUCACCAAUAGCGUACAAUUCAUGUGCACAACGAAGCUAAAAGAAAAAAAUGCGCAAGUUAGUGAACACACACAUACACUCACCGACAAAAACAGAAAAAGGGUUAUGUUUACACCAUCCGCGUUGCAAGACAGGUAUAGAGGCCGGGCGUAUCUGUGGUUUCGCAUCCAACAGACAAUCGGGAGAGGAAAACGGCAAAAACUAACACCGUAUGGACACAAGAGAAUGUUGAUUGAAGGAUUGAUCGUGUGAAAACGUAGGCGAAGUCGUAUCUGUGUGCAAUUCGAAAAGCACAAAAACACUUGCAGCGCGGACGUAGGCUAUUCACGCAUGACAGUUCCUAUGCAAUGAUCAUGAUAGCGAGCUGGCCCGAUAUAAAUGAACACUAUCGCGAGUUAUUAAGGCUAAUAUGCACAGUAGGAGGUAGGAUGUAUCGUACUGAUUUUGAGCAAAUCCUUCCUUUACAAGGAUUUACGGGGUGGAGUGUUGGCACGAUAUCAUCCUCGUGCAUAUUAGAUGCACCAAACAAUAUCAAAACAACGAGCUGUCAGCUGACAGCUCGAAUAGCUAUAGCAAAUAACACCAGAUGGCGCUAGGAAAGGAGAAAAGGAUGAAAAAAUAACCCUUAAGGCGAGACAACAAGCUGAUCCAAAAAUAGGGCCAAUGAGAAACAAGUUCGGCAGCGGUCACAAAACAGGUUCAAGCGGGGUCAAGACCGAUCAGCUGACGAAGAAUAGGCGCCAUCGAGGAAGUUAGUAGCAAAAGUCAAGCGAGAGAAAACAGACCAAUUUUUAAACUGUGCGGCGAAAAUUGAUAAUACGUGAGCGCCAGUUCUAAGAAGGUCUAAAACACUACUCAAAUAAAUAGAUUGCUACAAUCGUGGCAACAGAAACGAUCGUCCCAGGUGUUGUGCAGGGAGACGGGGUGGGGGGAGAUUUCAUCUUUAUAUCUAUAUCAAAUCUUUUAUAGACAUUUUGUUGGUCGCGUUCUUAUCACUGUCUCACUCUUGUUUCCCUCUGUUUCUUUCUACUUUGCCUGUGGUACAUUUUACUACGGUACGCUUGUACAGCGGCACGUCCUAGCAAAAAUAUAU